ACUUCUCGGAGUUUUAGUUAGGUGCUGUUGAUAGUGAGUUUGGAGUCACCAAGACUCAGAACAGAAUAUAGGAGGCCUAGAUACAUCGCUCUGACACAGUUUUUAAAUUUCCAUUCCAUUAUUUCAUGACUUGUACAUUUGUGUAAAUAGAUUACUUCUAUUUUUAUAACGAGACAACAACAAGAUGGAACUUAAUUCUCUUUUAAUUCUGCUGGAGGCUGCAGAGUACUUGGAAAGAAGAGACAGAGAGGCAGAGCACGGUUAUGCGUCUGUUUUACCAUACAGUAGCGACUUUUCCAGAAAGAAAACGAAAGCCUCGCCAAUUUCCAGAAAAAGUCAGAACAAUAGAUCGUCGCACAACGAGCUGGAGAAACACAGACGUGCCAAACUACGGCUGUACUUGGAGCAGUUGAAGAAGCUGGUGCCUUUAGGUCCAGACAGCACAAGACACACCACACUGAGCUUGCUGAAAAGGGCCAAGAUGCACAUCAAGAAGCUGGAGGAGCAGGACAAGAAGGCUUUAAAUGUGAAGGAGCAGCUGCAGAGAGAGCACCGCUACCUCAAACGCCGCCUGGAGCAGCUUUCUGUGUCCGGAUCUGUUGAGCGCAUCCGCACUGACAGCAUGGGCUCCACCAUCUCCACCGACUCCGAGCAAGAGGUGGACAUCGAGGGCGUGGAAUUAUCUCCUGUCGAGGCGGACAGUGUGGACAGCAUCAGCGACGGUGAGGAGGAGGACCACUACAGCCUCCAGAGCAGCUCCAGCGACACCAGCUACACAGCCACACAUUCCCACAGACUGCAGCCGCACCACUGUUAGACGCCGCACGGCCAUCCAUCUCUCAACCAGCUUCCUCCAACAUGCUUCCCUACCUUCCCCGGCCAUUUGCAAUCGCCAACGCCGCCCACUAACUUCAUCAGACCAGUCCACAGCGGCGGUACACCUUGAACCUGUUCCUCCUUUCCUGGCCCCGGCUCUCCAGGAAGCACAUGGGGCUGAAAUGCCACUCAAGCCUUCCUGAUCCCCCUGACCACUGACCCUACCUCACCCUACUGUAUCCUGCCUGAACCUGCCCCUCCUGACAUGCCCUGUCCUCCCACUGCCCUCACAACCCCUACCUAGUGUUGCCGCAGGCUCAGAGAGAACAGAGCAGAGUUUGUGGUUUAAAUGGGGACGUCUGUGGUGUGGUGGACAGCUUUGACUUGUUAAUCAGGAUUUUGCAAAGUGCGUGUUUAUGUGUGUGUGUGUGUGCGUGCAAGAGAGAACGACCAAGUGUAGGAGUUUAAGAGAGGUCAUCGCCAUAACACACAGACAAGGCUUUGCACUAAGUUUGUGAUGUAAAAGGUAAAGCACUUCUGUUUGUUCUGCAAUAUAUUCAACAUUGGGACCUUGAAAGUUAUUUACAUCAUACAGUAUCUUCCCUUUACACAAUAAGACUUACAGGAGUAGCUAUUGCAGAUGUCCUGCACGUUCCUUGAAACGUUUGACUGCUGAAAAAUGGUCAAAGAUUGAAGGAAUAGUUUGACAUUUUGGGAAAUAUAUUUAUUUGCUUUCAUGCCGAGUUAGAUGAGAAGACUGAUACCCCUCUUUUUAUCCGUCUGUUCACUAUGAAGCUGCAACUUGCACCCGUGAAGCUUAGCUUAGCAUAAAGACAAGUUACUGUUUAACAGCGGGUUAUGUGGAUGUCACUGCUUCUGACCAAGAAACAGUUGGGCACAUAAAACCCUGUAAAACAGCAAUUUGAAGUUUUCACAAGUUGGUUUUUAUAUAAAUUAAAACAAACAAGAUAUAACUUAAUAUAACUAUAUAAUAUAACUUAAAUUAAUUAGUGAGCUUUUGGGGUGCUGGUUUUAUGGUUUUAUUUAACUUUUGGACAGAGCCAGGUUAGUUGUUUCCCCCUGCUUCCAGUGCUUCCCUCUUCUUGUCCUUCCAGUCUUCAUGCUAAGCUAAGCUAACCAACUGCUGGCUGUAGCUUCAUAUUUAGCGAACACACAUGUGAGUGACAUCGAUCUUCUCAUCUAACUUCCUAAAUUUCCCAAAAUAUAAAACUAUUUUUUUAGUUUUUUAAAUUUUUUAGGAUCAUGUCAAUGUGCAGCAGUGCUUCUGCAACUGCUUGACCUAAAAUAGGACUUUUUCACUAGCUCCUUCUGUACACAUAGUCACAUCUUCAUUACCAAAUGUGGCCGAUCUUUGGCCAAAGACAAACUGAAAAAGUUACAGAGCUGUAGCAGAGAAGAAAGAAUGUAAAUAGAUGUACAGUUACUGUCCAAACCCUCAAGUCUCCCUCUGGUUGGGUUGCCUAACCACUACUCCACACUACUGACCACUACACUAUACCACCCUAUGGUGUGGAUGGACUACUAUGUAAAAAAAAGGAGUUGCCUCAGAACUAAAAAACUAUUCCUUAAAGAUUGAUUAAAAUCUUGUGUUUCCUCAGUAGCGAAUUGAUGUAGCAAUAAAUACGAGAGGCGGGUGCUUCCUCUGAGUGUUUAAAUGAUUCUGGUGGACCAUGAGGUGUCACGGGAGACUUUUUCCUUUACCUUUUUACCCUGUGGAUGGCAAGUGGUUGCUUACAGAGAGCGGACCUGCAGAAAAAGGGGAUAGUUCUCCUUUUUCUUUUUCACUAAUGGAUCCUUCUCUUUGCUCACGAUGCCAUUUACCCAGAAUUUGCAUUUCUCUACAGCUUUGUUACUUUUUCAAGCAGUGUUCAUGUGUGUCUGGAUUUUUUUAGGUUCUGAUUAACAAGUCAAAGCUGUAAAUGUGGAGAAAAAAUAUUAAAAGAAAAAAAAAAGGGCCAGCUCUAAUGAUUUGUUCUCUGUAGAGGCGUUCAUUUUAGCUAACUUAGCAAAGUAAUCAAUUCAGUUAAACUUUUAAUUUCUACAAGACUGAUAAUCCUAUUUUCUCUCUGCUUGUUGCUUAUUUCUGGAGCUUCUGGGCACUGGACCUUUUCUGUAACUUAUGCACAAUAGUCACUAUUGACUGAGGAGGCGCUUCUGUCGCUCUCUGACUAUUUAAUAAUCAUUAGGCCUCAGUCUCUGGAAGUCUUUAGAGCUUGACGUCCUGACACUUAUAAAAAUUGGGGCCAGUCCACCAGGUCUGACCAAAAAAAUAAAAAACUACAAAAGACUCAAAAGAAAACAAAAAACUUGCAUACAAAAGAAGUUAAGUGUCACUGAAAGUGACAUUAGACAGUGUAGUCUAUAUUUCUUGUAUUAAAUUUUGUAUUAUAUUUUCCUAAAUGUUCUCUUGUAAUGAAAAGACAAAAAAGAGUGAGUAUAUCUAUCUAUCUAUAUAUAUAUAUAUAUCUAUAUAUAUAUAGAUAUAUAUAUAUCUAUAUAUAUAUAUAGAUAUAUAUAUAUAUCUAUAUAUAUAUAUGAGAGACAGACAGACAUGAGGCCAGGCUUGUUGAAAGGAGAGUGGGGGCAGGGGAGCUGAUACACUGGCCCCUCUCCCUUGGGUGACUCUCCUGCUGUCAUUCUGUGCCUUGGUGAGCCUUCGACCUCCCUCAUCCUCCUCCUCCUCCCACCUCCUCACCCUUGAUCCCUACUCAGGUCACACUCCCCUCCUCUUAAUCUCAUCCUCCCUCUUCUUGUCCUCUGGCGGGGCUGAAAGGCUGAAAGCUUUGAUUUCAACCCUUACCAUGCCAAAAUACUUCCAUGAGCAAGGGGCACUUGAAGAGAAGACCUCAUUUUAAAUAAAAAUAUAAAAUAAAUAAAGCCCCUAUGGUCUCUACUGAGAAGCCGCUGUUGUUGUACACUCCCCACCCUCUUGACACCCGCUUGUCUGCCAGCCUCUGUCAGAAAAAUUGAAAUAAAACACACACUGGUAAACUCCCAUGGCAGCUUCCAGUCACCCCGAAUGAUCACCAACGGGGUUCAAAACUUCUGGGCUUGAAGCGUGUUUAUCUUUUUUUUUUUUGUCAUUGUACUAAACUUGUAUGUUGACUAUGUGUUUGUUCAAUGGGAGUCACUGGGAGAGGAGCGAUAAAAGAAUAAUCCAAUCGAUGGCAGCUUAAGGUGUUAUCCUCCGUGCUCCCAGUGGUCUGUCCCAAAAAUAGUGUUACCCAUUGAUCAGGGGACCUCUUGAAACACAGCAAUAUUACCAUCUUGUGCUUUCUGAGGGAGGGUGGGGCGGGCAGGGUUUUUAAGACAAGCAGGUGGUUUUGCUUUUGACUCUGUGGUGCAUUUUAUGGUGACCAACUCUAUCUUUUGUUUUGAUGAAUUUUACCUCCUAUCUGCACUCUCUCCAUACAUUGCAGGAGGGCAAAAAAAUUUGAUAAAAAAAAAGCUGUUUUUAUUCUUUUUGUCAUUGAGAGUUUACAUUCAUGUCAAAGAAUGUGUACAUGACUGUAGCAAAAAUGUCCUUUUUCAGUUUGUUGGUCAAAUGAACAACUUAGUAGACCAUAUUAAUGGCAUAAAGUUAUUCUCUUGCACAGAACCUCCCAGUAGAAGAGUGACAGAUAAAGACAGAUUGAAUGGGAUGAGUUUAGGGCCAGAUAUGAGAUUAUAAUUUUUCAGUGGCGUCAUUGAAAAAUAUACAUAGCACACACUCAGAAUGAGUGGUUUUUGAGCAGUUGACCGGACAUGGUAACAUUUUGUUUGAAUACUGGAUGGAUAGUGUUUAUGGAAAUUCUUUUAAUGAUGUGCCUUGGAAAAAGUUAUUUUCUUUUUUAAAAAAAGCAGAGAUUGUACAAAAUAAUGAAGACUUAUUUUAACCCCUUGAAGAGGCAACAGAAGAUGUAACUGCUUCCUUCUUCAUUGCAAAAAGGUAAACAUUUAUUUAUUAUUGAACUCCUAUAAGGAUCAAAGUGUGAUUUAAGAGUCAUUGCAGAGACGGGGGCUCAGUUUAAAAAUUGUUGACUUCAGAGCAAGUACAGACAAGGUUUGAUAUUUGCUUUCAUGUUGCUGUUGCACAGAGAUUCACUUCAGUGUGUUGGGUUUUCUAAGAGCACAAAAGCACAGUGUGGUGUUUGGGGAAGUCAGCAGGCAGACAGAGAAAGAGAGGGCGGGUGGUGGGAUGAAAUCAGAGGGAAGCACAGACCAAGGACAGUCUGCACAGAGAGCAGGGUCAAGGCAGAGAUGUCUGUACACAGAUGAAAUCAGAAACACAGAAGACACCAUCCUGUGCCUGAACCUGAAGAGUAACGGUGCUUAUAAAAUCAACACAAGGACUUCCAUGAUAUAUUAUUCCUGCCAAAUAAAUAGUCACUUUUAAACCUACCAUGCUGAAUGAUUACUAAGAGCUCCAUGUAAUUCCAGAUGAAUAGCUUUAACUACUUGUAGGCUUCAGGUCAGCGUCCCGCUUUCUGGACCCCAGCCUGGACCUUUUGUCUUUAUUUUGCAUUUGCUCUAAGAUGGGAGUCACACCAGCAUUAAGUUUCAUCUGUAGAGGAGGGCGAGCUGGCUGGCAUUUAGUUGAGGAGGAUGGUGGGGACUUUGUUUGGGCUGACAUACUGUGCAGAGUAGGGAGAGUUCUGUGCCAGAGACCUGUGAAUAUGUUCCUUUUUAGCGGAUGUGUAAUAUGCAUUCAGAAGAUGUUAUAUAAGUUCCUUUUUUUUGUUUUGUGUGUGUGUGAGUGUGUGUACAUGAGUACCUGGUGCUGGCUCCAUUUGAGCAAACACUUGAAGGUAUAGUGUAUUCUCUCAUUGUAAUAUAAUUAAAGCGUUUUAUACAUAAA